GCUCCUUAAGGAGGAAGGCUGCGGAUGUAUCACUGUCCCAAAGGUGGAGAGGAGUGUAUGAGGAGUGUUUGUGUGUGAGUGAGUGUGUGUGAGUCCAUCCAGCUGGGAGGAGUGCUGGUGGCUCGGCUCUGGGCUCUCUCUUUGUUGACAGCCAGUUGUAACAUAUCCCAAGGAUUAGUGGCUCUGUCGACAUGAUGCCAUUGGCUUCUUAAAAUAGAUAGAGAAGGACACUCAAAGAAAACAGAACCGUGGUCGUGAACCACGGCAGGCUCAGAGUGGGACUGACCCACAUCACAGCCAGCCCGUCAGAGUCAGGCGACCAGCCUGUUAGCCAGUCUCUACCGCAGAGAGACUGUACAGAGACACUGUGAUCCUAGCUGAGAUUUCCAUCAUCAGGACUCCCAGUGGAGACUGUACAGCACAGAAAGAUGGCUGUGAACAGACCGGAAGACAUGCCGAGACAAUUCCCUAAGAUCACGCUGAGUGAGGUGGAUGAGGAGACACGUCUGCUGGCUGAGAAGGUGUACGCGUCAGCGCUGAAGGAGGAGGACACAAACGAUGCGCUGUCCAUGUUCACCGUCCCUGAGGACUGUCCCAUCGGCCUGCACCAGGCCAAGGAGAGGGAGCUGCUCAAAGAGCUGGCAGAGCAGCAUUCAGAAGAGAGUGCCAAGAGGAAGAAGAGUUUCAAGAUGAUCCGUUCGCAGUCUGCGUCCUUGCAGGGCCUGCAGAUCCCUGUGACUGCAGAGUGGGCCCGUUCUGUGGUGACCCCAUUCCUCUCACCCUCCUCCACCUGCUCCUCACUUCCAGAGAACUGCCCCGAGUACCAGAGGGUCACCAUCAGUGGAGACUACUGUGCUGGUAUCACAGUAGAGGACUAUGAACAGGCAGCAAAAACCCUGAUGAAAGCCCUGUUCAUUAGGGAGAAGUACUCCAGACUGGCCUACCAUCGCUUUCCCCGGACCGUCGCUCAGUUCCUCCGCAGCGCUGAGAACCAGACGUGGAAGGAAGAGGACGGGGUUCUACCAGAUGUCUGCCCUUGCCCCAGGGAGGGGGAGGACCCGUACAACAUUGAGAAUAUCCCAGACAACCUGAGCUAUGAGCUGCAGACGAAAGAUGGCAUAGUGUAUGUGUAUGAGAACGCAGAGGCUCUAAGUCAGAACAGGCCCCGCAGCCUGCCCUACCCUGACCUGGAGACCUUUGCCAUAGACCUCAGCCAUGUGCUGGCCAUGAUCAUUGAUGGACCCACGAAGACCUAUUGUCACAGACGCCUGAACUUCCUGGGCUCAAAGUUCUACCUGCAUGAAAUGCUCAAUGAGAUGGCUGAGCUAAAGGAACUGAAGGGUGUUCCACACAGAGACUUCUACAAUGUCAGAAAGGUGGACACACACAUCCAUGCAGCCGCCUGCAUGUCCCAGAAGCACCUUCUGAACUUCAUCCAGACCACCUACAAGACGGAGGCAGACCGUGUGGUGCUGGAGAAGGGCGGGCGGAAGCUGACCCUCAGAGAGGUGUUUGAACACCUCAACAUGGACCCCUAUGACCUCACUGUGGACUCCCUGGAUGUACACGCUGGCAGACAAACCUUUCACAGAUUCGAUAAGUUCAACUCCAAGUACAACCCAGUGGGGGCCAGUGAACUCCGAGAAAUCUACCUGAAAACAGACAACCUCAUAGAUGGAGAGUACUUUGCACGCAUUAUCAAGGAAGUGUCCCAUGACCUAGAGGAGAGUAAGUACCAGCAUGCUGAGCCUCGUCUGUCCAUCUACGGACGCUCUGCAGACGAAUGGGUCUGCCUCUCCAAGUGGUUCAUCCAGCACAAAGUGCACUCUACCAACAUGCAGUGGAUCAUCCAAGUCCCCAGGAUCUAUGAUAUUUUCAAGUCAAAGAAGUUGAUCACUAACUUUGCCAAGAUGUUGGAGAACAUAUUCCUUCCUCUGUUUGAGGCUACAGUCAAUCCACAGAAGCAUAAGGAGCUACAUGUAUUUCUCAAAUAUGUGACAGGCUUUGACAGUGUGGAUGACGAGUCCAAGCACAGUGACCACAUGUUCUCCUACAAGAGCCCCAAGCCUGAGCAGUGGACAGCAGAUGAAAACCCUCCCUACAGCUACUACCUCUUCCACAUGUACGCCAACAUCAUGGUGCUCAACAAUCUGAGGAAAGAGCGGGGCUUGAGCACCUUCCAGUUCCGUCCACACUGCGGGGAGGCUGGAUCCAUCACCCACCUGGUCUCUGCUUUCCUCACAGCUGACAACAUCUCCCACGGCCUCAACCUCAAGAAGAGCCCUGUCCUACAGUACCUGUACUACCUGGCCCAGGUGCCCAUUGCCAUGUCUCCUCUGAGCAAUAACAGCUUGUUCCUGGAAUAUUCCAAAAACCCUCUCAGGGAGUUCCUACACAAGGGGCUGUGCGUGUCUCUAUCAACAGAUGAUCCUAUGCAGUUCCACUAUACCAAGGAGGCACUAAUGGAGGAGUAUGCCAUCGCGGCCCAGCUGUGGAAGCUCAGCACCUGUGAUGUGUGUGAGAUUGCCAGGAACAGUGUGCUGCAGAGUGGCCUGUCUCACCAGGAGAAGAAGCACUUUAUUGGGGCCAACUACUUGAAGGAUGGACCUGAGGGGAACGACAUUCGGCGGACCAAUGUGGCUCAGAUCCGCAUGGCCUACCGCCACGAGACCCUGUACAAUGAGCUCAGCUUCCUAGUGGAUGCAGUGAAGACUGAAGCGGCCAUUGGCACACAACCAGAGUGACCACAACAAUAUGGGACUCAAUCCAUGCAUGAUGUCAUGCAGUAGGUUCCAAGGAGGACACUGAAGUCAUUUGUGGGACACUGUAGGUACAAAACAUUGUACUUGCAUGCUCUGUAUGAGAUCUGCUUGAAGUAUUUGUGUGAAUGUUUUGUUUCAAUUUGAAUGAAAACAGGCAUUUAUAUUGGUCAGAGUAUGCUAUAUUUCAUUUGAAUGUACUGUAUCUAUAACGUACUGUGCUGUGUCUAUAAAGCAACAUUGAGUCAAUUGAGUUGUGAAAGUUUGGACAAGAGAGAAAAAUGAGAAAGCAUAUAAGAUGUCCAAAGAUGUUACAACGCUCUAUCUCACCUCUUCCUCGUUAAUGGUUGACAGAAUGCUGUAAAAUAGCCUGUUUUUAAUUAUGUUACUUUUGUUAUCAAUAAAGAUAUUUUAACAUGGA